AUGGCGAACAAGAUUCGCUUCUCGCCCGUCCGGAGCAUGCUUGCUCAUUGGCAGAAGAUGAUUACGGGUAAAAGCCCCAUCGACAAAACCCCACUUGUCACCCACGUGGCGAGGUAUGUCAUGGCGAUGGAGGGCACUGAAGUCACCUUCUUGCCUGAGACGGAGGCGUACAGAUACGAGUAUGAUGUCUCGAACGUCUUCAUCCACCUUGGACUGGACUAUCAGCUGUCCCAGCCAUACCAGCUGUACCAGCAGUACCAGCCGCCUGAACAGGAGAACAACGAUGACGAGGAGGAGAACAACAACAAUGACGAGGAGGACAAGGAUGACGAUGAGGAGGACCCCGAUGAGGGAAAGCAGGACUCCGAUGAGGAGGACUGA